CGACGCACGCCGAACGCUGCAUGCAUGAAGUGGCAACUGUUACUGCCGUGUAGACGCGGUCAGCGACGGUCCACUCCUGCGAGGAACUGUCAUUGCCAGAUGACCCAGGAUGCCAGGCCGGAGAUCGACCGGUGUGCUGUCUGAGUCUGCGGCGCUGGUGCGCAGUACAGAAGGCAUGUCGUACACCGAGGAGGGCGGCUCGAUGCUCGCCACCGCGCCGCACGACGAGGCCGCGCUCGACGUCGAAGAGGAGCUCAUGGAUUACGUCGAUUCCGAUAUCUCUGUGCUUGCCCAGUUCCACGAAGAUGCCAUUCGCCAGGCUGGUUCUGGAUACUUCCAAUGGAUGCUGCUCUUUGUUGUUGGUCUUGGCAUGGCUGCUGAUACGGUGGAAUUGUUUGUUGUACCAUACAUCCUGCCCAGUGCUGAAGUGGAGAUGUGUCUUGGCAGCAGGGAGAAAAUCUGGUUAAGUUUCAUUACACUGAUCGGUAUGAUGGUAGGAGGUGUCGUCUGGGGCAAUUUAGCUGACCGAAUGGGACGUCGAAGAACUCUGCUUUCAGCAUUAAGUGUUAACGCAGUAUUCAGUGUUAUUGCUGCAUUCAUGCCAACAUAUGGAACUUUUAUGACUGCACGCUUCUGUAGUGGUGUAGGGAUUGGUGGUGCCAUGCCCAUAGUUUUUGCUUACUACAGUGAAUUUUUACCAAAAUCUGAUCGAGGGAAGUGUCUCAGUUGGCUGUUAAUUUUCUGGGCACUUGGAGGAAUUUUUGUAGCUCUCAUUGCCUGGAUGAAGAUGCCAAGAACAGGUGUUGAUGUAGUCAUGGAAAACAAGGAACAUUUCAGUGCUUGGCACCAGUUUUUGUUGAUUUGUGCCCUACCAUCUCUAGCUGCUAUAAUAGGCCUGAGUUUUGUCCCAGAAUCACCACGUUAUCUUUUGGAAGCUGGCAGAGAAGUUGAAGCUAUGAUGGUGUAUCAGCGUAUCUACAAAACAAACAAUAUGCACAACCCAGCAGCUCAUGCUCAGUAUCAGCUGUCAGAACUAGAACUCCCCAGCAAAAGGCCAUCAGGACGAGGCCUGUCAUCUCCUCCUUCACCUGGGAAAUCUGUGUUAGCUGAUAUGACAUACAGCAUUGAAACAUUUUGGAAUUCCUUCCUUCAGUUGUUUGUGUACCCUCAUCGUAGGUUGACAGCAGUGCUUGUCAUUUUGUGGUUUACUGUUUCAUUUGGGUAUUACGGCUUGACUGCCUGGUUUCCAGAAUACAUAAAGUUAAUGAAAAAUGAGGAAUAUUCAAAUAAAGCUCAAUAUACAAAUGGUAAAAACUUUACAAAUUAUACAUUUAACAGCAGUAUUGAAAAUCAGGUGUUCCAUGACUGCAUUUUCAACAAUGUUCAGUUUAGCCACUUGACUCUAAGUCAUGUGAUAUUUGAAAACUGCACAUUGGACAAUGUUGAAUUUACCAAUAUCAAAUCAAGCAGGACAUACUUCAAAAACUCCAUAGUCAAAUAUUCCAGGUUUGUCGACACCAAUCUUUCUGAUCAGCACUUCAAAAACUGUCUUCUCCAAAAUAAUACCAAACUUAGUUUGAUACCUGGUUGCCAAAAGGAUUUUGAUUACAACAUUUAUUUAAAGGAAGUGUUUCAAGAGAAUCUUGUUGGUCAACUAGCUAUUCUGCCAGGGGCAUUUAUCUCAGGAUUUAUUAUAGACAAGACAGGAAGAGUAAAAGUCAUAGGCAUAUCAAUGUUCCUAUCCAGCAUAGCUGCUUUUUUUAUUUGGUUCCUAGAUACAGAUGCAGCUGUCAUGAUAUUUGAAGCAAUAUUCAAUUUCAUGUUUAUAGCUGGAUGGAAUGUUAUUGAUGUAAUUACUAUUGAGUCCUAUCCCACACACUUAAGGACUACUGGAUUUGGAUUCAUGUGUGCAACAUCCCGUUUAAGUGGAGUUAUUGGUAUGAACACCUUUUUAAGUUCCAUCGGUUCAAGUAGGGCAAUUCCUAUGCUCAUUACAUCUGCUGUCCUCCUCAUUGGAGGAGUAGUAUCAAUCAAACUGCCAGAAACUGGCAGCUCAUUGCUGUAAAAGAUUUUAAGAAUGCAUAUUUGAAUUUUCAUGUUUAGAGAUGCAACAACUACAUUAUGUAGAAACUACUGGUCCAGUUAUGUCCAGGAACACUGAAAGUGAGAAAGAGAAAUGUUUUCUCUGACAGUUGUAAAAACUCAUUGUGCAUAUAUAUUUUAUAUGGCAGUUUAUUUUCAACAGCAGAAAGCAUACAUAUAAUUAUGUGUAUCGUGUUACAUAUGUACACUACAGGCAACUCUAAAAGUAUCCUAAAUAAAAUAAAUAUCCUAGUAUCAGACUAUUAUUUUGACAUACAUUUUGUAAAGAAGUUCAACACAACCAGCUGCAUUUAGUUUUGAAUGCUGCCUCAUCUGUCCAGAGCACUUGUUAGUUUCAAUGAUAUCAGUGGAUGAACAUAAAAAGUAAGUUGUUAACUAAUGUAUCUAUGUGAACAUUAGUAUGAGCAAGAAUAACAAUGAAACAAGUGUCUGUGUAUAUAAAUUUGAAGGCCAUAUCUCCAAAGCUUUAGUAAGAAUAUUUUUUUAAA